AUGGCUUCCCCUAGCGUUCUCACCUUUGACGCUGAGGGUCGGGCAGUGGACUUUGAGGUCUGGGUAGAUGAUCUACAGCUUUUUCUGCAGUGCAAUAGGGCAGACGGCCUCUCCCUAUUUGACCUCACUUCUGGUGCCUCCCCUGCCCCUACUGCUGAUGCUGACACCACUGUUUGCUCACAGUGGGCCACACGUGAUGCUGCUGCUCGCCUUGCUGUUCGCCGCCUCUUACCGACCACUGAGCGUGCACACUUUAGCCACUACAAGAGUGCUCAGACCUUGUACGACGCUGUAGUUGCACGCUACUCUUCCCCUGCCACUGCUGCACUAAGCCGCCUCAAGCUAUCGUACCUCUUCCCUGACCUUGCUGCCUUUCCCACUGUCGCUGACCUCAUUACGCACCUCCGCACUCUUGACACUCGCUACCGCGCUGCGCUUCCUGCUGAUUUCUGCGCCAAGAACCCCCCCCCCCCCCAUGUACAUCACCCUCUACUACAUAGUCACCCGGCUCCGGCAAGGGGGGCAAGGGCACUAGAGGGGGUGGAGGGGGCGGUGGAGGUGGUGGUGGAGGCGGUGGAGGGAGUGGGGGUGGUGGUGGGAGUGGUGCCGGAGGUGGUGGCGGCGGCGGCAGCAGUGGAGGCGGCAGAGGCGGUGGAGGUGGCGGAGGGAGCGGAGGCGGCGGAGGUAGUGGAGGCGGCGGAGGUGGAGGAGGCGGCGGAGGCGGCGGAGGCGGCGGCGGAGGCGGAGGCGGCGGUGGUGGAGCGAGUCGCGACUCUGCGCCGAGGAGUGGCUCCGGUGGUGCGCGGUGGGGGUUUUGGUCCCUGCUCUUACGUUCUCCGUACUGGCGACCGCACUGGUGAGCAGUGCGGAGGUCCGCACUCCACCCAGCGCUGCUUUGGUCUCCUGACGGACGCAUGGCGUCGCCUGUUCCCUGAGGCGUCAGAGAUCCCUCGCUGGGGAGAUCUGGCUAAGGCCGGGGUUGCUAUCUUUGAUCUUGACUUUGAUGCUAUUCUUGCUGCCAUGUAUGCUGUUGCUGAUAGUGUUGAGGGUGUCUGUUACCUGUGUGUACCGCAUGACCCGGGCAUUGAGGCUGCUGCGCUAGGUGCUGGUGAGACUGCUGCUCUAGGUGCUAGUGCGUCUACUGCCCCAGGUGCCAGUACGUCUGCCGCCCCAGGUGCUGGUGAGUCUGCUCUCUCAGGUACUACGUCGGCUCAGGCCUUCCACACCUUCACCCUGGACUCGGGUGCGUCCCGCUCCUUCUUUCGAGAACGCACCACUCUUACGCCGCUUAGUCGGCCGGUUGCAGUCUCCCUGGCAGACCCCUCUGGGGGUCUUGUCCUUGCUAGCUUCUCCACUGUCCUUCCAUGCCCUGCAGCCCCCUCUGGCACCCUAUCUGGUCUCUACCUCCCCUCUUUCUCUACGAACUUGGUGAGUGGAGCGGACCUCCAGGAUCGAGGGGUUGACCAGUUCACUCCUGCGAGUCAGCGAGUGACCCACUGCACGUGUGCUUGGACAGGCCGACACUUGGCCACGUUCACUCGUCGGCCAGGGUCGAGCCUGUACACCCUUACUGGUGAGUCUCCUCCUACUGCUGAGUCUGCCCAGGUGGCUGCGUCGAGUCAGGUGUUUGCUGCGGCGUCCAAGUCUGGUCCUGAGUAG